CUCGCUCUAUACCACAGUACAACUGUGUUCACUCGACACUUUGGGUUUGCCCCGGUUUCCCGAUCUUAAACGAGAAAGCGAAUCUGGACAGUGAUCGUGCCUCUCUGCUUCAGGUCUUCCAGUACAUAUUAUCAAAAAACAGAUUCAUAUGUCAGAGAUGUGGUUGUCAUGACCAUUGUGAGGUUAACGCCCACCAAGGAGAAGUUGGUUCCGAGAAUUUCGCAUGCAGUGUCCUCCAAGGCUCGGUCUCGGACCCAAAUCUACGCUCUGGUGCCCAUCUACUUACUCCAGUUCUGCUAUGGCAUGAACACGGGCUUCCCAGCCAUCCUCACGCCUCAACUUCGGGAACCAUGUUCAGAGUUUAUGAUCACGGAGAAUCAGGAGUCAUGGAUUGUGAGUUUGGACAAUGUGGCCACGCCCCUGAUUUGUCUGUGCUCUGGAAUACUGCAACAACGCUACGGGCCCAAAUAUAUUCUAGUCUCGGCGUGUGUCCCAUAUCUGCUGGGAUGGAUCAUGGUGGUAAUGGCGACCAAUGUGGAGUGUCUCUACAUUUCACGGGUCCUUGUGGGCAUCAGUCAUGCUUUGAUCACAACCACCGUAUACACAGUCGAGAUCACCAGCCGCGAAAUGAGGGGAACCUUGAGCUUGUGGGAAAGUGUUGUCAGAUGUGCGGGUUGCCUUUUGAUCUAUUGCAUGGGCUUCUUCCUAAGGUGGAACCGAAUUGCUCUCAUCGCCCCAGUCAUUCCACUCAUGGCCCUCAUCAGUUGCUUUUACAUCCCGGAAUCGCCCGUCUACCUUGUCAGACAACGACGAUUCUCUAGAGCGUCCCAAUCUUUGAAACAGCUCUUCGGCUCCAAAUACAACGUCACAGAGGAAAUAGAGCUCAUCAAUUCCAACUUGGAUCAUGAGAGUGGACAACACAAUGUGUUUGAGGUGCUCAAAUCGGUCCCAAACCACCCAGAGAUCUAUAAGCCUUUUGGUAUCGUGCUCCUACUCAGUGCCAUUCAACAGUUCAGCGGGAUGUCCAUUCUACGGGCCUACGUGGUCAAAAUCUUUGACAGUGUCUUCCACGAGACUUCAAUGCCAGAAUUCAACCACGAGAAUGUUCAGUGUGACCAAUCGCAGACCUCUAAAGAAGCGUACAUUUCUGCCAUAGUCAUUGGUCUCGUGCGUCUCUUGAGCUCGUUGCUCUUGUCCAAUUUCCUGAAGGUGUACCCACGACGCUCAUUGUACCUCACAUCCAUCACCCUCAGUGUGAUCUCAUUGGUCUCCUUGGCCUCUGUUCAGCUUUGUCUCCAAAAGAACUCGGACUGCCAGCCUCUCCAGUGGCUAGUCUUGGUCUUUGCUUGCGGAUUAGUGUUUUCCGUGCAAUUAGGGGUUCAAACCCUGCCCAUGUUACUCUCCGGCGAACUAUUCAGCUCCGAUAUCCGGGCAUUGGGGAAGAGCAUGAUUCGAAGUCUGACCUGUGUGUUCCUCGUGAUCAGUUUGAAAACUUAUCCCGCUCUCCAAGGCACAUUGGAUAUCUAUGGAACUUUCUUUCUCUUCAGUAUUGUCUUGGCAGGCUCGGCACCCUUGAUCUAUUGGUUGCUCCCAGAGACGAAAGAUCUGAGCUUGGAGACCAUUCAGCAUUAUUUUCAGCCCGCCAAAACUCAAUUUUACGUGGACUUGCACCAUACAACCAAUAAGAGUACCCCAGUCCCACCUAGCUAUAAUUACGAAAUGUCUAAUGCAGGACUUUGAAUUAUGAAAUAAAUCACGAUAUUGAAACGA